AUGGCCGACGCCGACAGAGACUCGGAUCUUGGAGACGACAGCCCCAUGUCGGCGCGCUCUGAAGGGGACUCAUCAGGAGAGCAGUCGUGUGAGAGUUCAGAUGAAGGAGUGGGUCGGGACGCGCCCCAUCAGACACACCAGCCUCUCCACCACAACCUCGGACACACCAUCAACCAACAGAUAAACCACCACCAAAGAAACUCGCCGCGGCCCAUGGAGCGAGACUUGAAGGCAAGAUUAAUCAAUAUUUGCUCUGCUUGUGUCCGUGAUGACUUCGAGUCGUUGAAGACGUCUCUUCAUCCGCAUCUGUCGUCGUUGGCGUCUCUAGCUCAAGGCACUCCUCUCACCACAGCUGGUAGUGUGUUCGCACUCGCUGGUGGUGACCAGGGUUCCUUCCGUCCGGGGAACUUCCCCUACGCCCCCCCCGCGUUCCUAGCCCCCGCGCCCCCUCCCCCCGCACAGCCAGUUGGUUCCGCAUCAUCAUCAUCAUCCGAAGGCAGCGCGGCCGGCUGGAGCUUCGAAGAACAAUACAAGCAGGUCCGUCAGCUAUACGAAAUUAGCGACGACCCACAAAGGAAGGAGUUCCUAGAUGACUUGUUCUCAUUUAUGCAGAAACGUGCAUGUUUCCCUGCUGUACAUUCUUACUCCGGUGACACACCGCCCAGCGUCGCGGCGUCUGAGCAGCGUCUAGCGCGUCAUUACAAUCGUAAAUCAAAGUCGAAACAAAUUGGUAACGCCGAUGAACAGCUUUAA